GCAACGCCAACAAUCUGUUCUCUGUUUUUCCAAACUGGGCUACAGGUCAUCGCCUUGAUGCUUCACAAAGGACAUCAAAAACAACACGCAGCCACGACUUUGGACUGAAGGUCUGGUGUCACUGGAGCGCCUCUCCGCGGGAGAACAACCCGAGACUUGCGUCAUGUUGGACGGCAUAAAAAUUGAAGAUCAUCCCCUGCGAUCGGGACAGGCCACGCUGGGAGUCAUGCUCGGGACUGACUGUCAUCAUCCAUCCGUGUGUGAAGGAUGCCAGCGUCCCAUCUCCGACCGCUUCUUGAUGAGAGUCAACGAUUCCUCAUGGCAUGAGGACUGUUUGCAGUGCACCGUGUGUCAACAGCCUCUCACCACCAGCUGUUACUUCAGAGAAAGGAAACUUUACUGCAAACACGACUACCAACAGUUGUUUGCGACCAAGUGCAGCGGCUGCAUGGAGAAAAUUGCCCCCACAGAGUUCGUGAUGCGUGCUCUGGAGUGCGUCUACCACCUAAACUGCUUCUGCUGCUGCGUGUGCGACCGCCAGCUGAGGAAGGGCGACGAGUUUGUCCUGAAGGAGGGUCAGCUGCUUUGCAAGAUCGACUACGAGAGGGAGAAGGACUUACUCAGCUCUGUCAGCCCAGAUGACUCAGACUCAGAGAAAAGUGACGAUGAGGAGCUGGACAUCAAGCCAGAGAAAGGCAUAGGAGGCCAGGGGAAGGGGGAUGAUGGGAAGGAUCCCAGGAGGCCCAAAAGACCACGAACCAUCCUGACCACUCAACAGAGACGGGCCUUCAAGGCCUCCUUUGAGGUGUCCUCAAAACCCUGCAGAAAGGUGAGGGAGACGCUGGCUGCAGAGACAGGACUCAGUGUCCGGGUGGUCCAGGUGUGGUUUCAGAACCAGAGAGCUAAGAUGAAGAAGUUGGCAAGAAGACAGCAGCAACAACAAGAACAACAGAAUUCUCAGAGACUUGGCCAAGAGGUGAUGUCCAAUCGGAUGGAGGGGAUGAUGAACUCCUUCACACCGCUGGCUCCGCCGCAGCAGCAGCUGGUCGCCAUGGAUCAGAACGGUUACAGCACAGACCCGUUCCAACAGGGGCUCACCCCCCCACAGAUGCCCGGGGACCACAUGAACCCAUAUGGUAAUGAUUCUGCAUUCCAUGACAUAGACAGCGACACGUCUUUAACCAGCCUCAGUGACUGCUUCAUGGCGUCGUCAGAAGUCAACUCCAUGCAGGCCCGCGUGGGGAACCCCAUCGACCGCCUCUACUCCAUGCAGAACUCAUACUUUGCUUCAUGAAAGAGAGGAGCGGAAAACGUCAGCACAGAAUAAACUGCCCAUCUCAACCUGAAGCGCGAUGGCCAGGAGUUUCUACACUAACACGGACA